CACCAUUCCGUCCAUUGUCGAGUGUUGAGCGGAGAAAAUUCGUUUGAGAAAUAAUUCAGUUGCUGGAAACUCGCGUUUGAGGCUUCAGGUGUGCGCGUCCUCGACUCUCUCUCACCGACAGGAUUAUCGGCAGUCGGCGAGUCGACGUGUGUGUCCCCGAGUGCCAAACAAGCCGCGGACAAUGAAUAAAAAGUGCGCGAGAUGUGAUAAAACUGUUUACCCCAUCGAGGAGCUCAAGUGUCUAGAUAAGAUAUGGCACAAGCAAUGCUUCAAAUGCCAGGAGUGCGGCAUGACGCUAAAUAUGAGGACUUACAAAGGCUUCGACAAACAACCCUACUGCGAGGCGCACAUCCCCAAGGCCAAGGCGACGACAGUCGCGGAAACGCCAGAGUUCAAGAGAAUUGCUGAGAACACCAAGAUCCAGUCAAAUGUCAAGUACCACGAGGACUUUGAAAAGGCCAAGGGGAAAGUGACGCAGAUCGCAGACGAUCCGGAAAUUUUGCGCAUUCGGGCAAACACGAAAAUCAUCAGUAAUGUGGCGUACCACGGAGAUCUGGAGAAGAAGGCUAUCAUGGAGCAGAAACGAGAGAAGGAGGAAAACGGUGAUGCUACUCCUCGUGAAAACCACGUGCACAACCCUCCCAUCCAGCACACGUCCAUGCCCAUGGCGCCCCCCGUGAGCAACAACCACCAGCCAGCGCCGGUGAACAACCACCACCACCAGCCAGCGCCGGCCAAGCAGCCGCACACACCCCAGCAUCAGCAGCAGCAGCAGGUGCCCUCGUACCAGCCGGGCCGCAUCGCCGACUACGACCCCAUCGCCAGCCAGGAGGGCAACCGACAAUACAUUAGUCCUUACUCAGUCAGGCAGAGUGCCCAAACGGUGAUUUACACGUCAGAUCGCGGCGCAGUAACAAACCCGCCGACGCGGAAAAUCGGCUCAAUCGCUGACCUAGACCCGGUGAACGAAUACUACGGCUCGGUGGCGCAGGAGUACCCCGCAGGGUAUGGCGGUGGUCGGCCGGGCAACCAGAUGCCGCAGCAACACCACCACCAUCAAGCACAGCAACAACAGCACUACCAUCAGCAGCAGCAACAACAGCAACACCAGCAGCAGCAGCUCCUCGAGCAGCAACGCUUGCAGCAGCAAAUAGCCCAGCAGCGUUACCAGCAACAGCAGCAACAACAGCAACUGCAGCAGCAACAGCAUCAACUGCAGCAGCAGCUGAGAAUGCAGCAGCAGAGGCAACAACAGCAGGUGCAGCAGCUGCAACAACAGCAACAACAACAGCAGCAGCAGCAGCAACAACAACAGCAGCAAAAAUCUGCUGGGCGAGUGUACCGUGCCAUGUACGACUACGACGCUCAGGACGGAGACGAAGUGUCCUUUAUGGAUGGAGACAUCCUGAUCGGCUGCACCCCGAUCGACGAGGGCUGGAUGACGGGCACGGUGCAGCGCACGGGCGCCCAGGGCAUGCUGCCGGCCAACUAUGUCGAGCUAGUGAACUAAUCAACUAAGUAUUCGCACUUUCUAUCGCAUCAAGAAACAAGCUUUACACAAAAGUGACUUUCGUCCAAUGGAUUCCACGGUCUAAGCUUUUCAAGCAGUUGAGCAAUCACUUCUGCGUCUUUUUUUGUAUUUAUUGAGUCCGUAUUUGUAUCUAGAUUUGUGGCACGGGAUUUUGAUUUGCUCAAAAUAAUGUGGAUAGUAGAAAGUGAAAACGUUGAAAAAAAAAAAUUCUGCGUAAUAUUUCGGAUUUUGAAGUAUUUUUUAAAUUUGGACACGGACAAUUUUCUUCCUCCUGGACUGUAGUUAUUUGUCAGUCAGACAACUAUUAUUCCUGAUCGGGAAUUUUAUCCUUUUAUCCGCCGGACUUGAGAAUGCACUUUUUCGGCAACCGUCUAUUAACUGUAUUCUUAGCCUAGAAGAUCACAUUUGAGCUAGUUUUACGAGUGUGUACAUGGUUUGUAAAUAAUAUACUGUGCCUCAUCUACUAGUUGGUAAUCCGUCUUCCGACAACUCUCUGACCACCUGUCUGUUUUUUUUAAUGAAUGAACUAUAAUGCUAUUCGUCCAUCGGCAGUCGUGCUUAUCGCUGCCGCCACAUUCCGUUACAGCUUUUGCGAUUGAGUCUAUUGUAGAAAUUAUAUCGUGUUAAGCAAAGAACGUAACACACAUUUAUGCAGAGUUAGGUUGAUAAGUUGAUUCAUUAAUAGUGCCUUGGCAUUAGCUGCUAGAAAGAAACUGAAAUUCAAAUCGGAACACAAGUCAAACCACAAUUAUUCCUCGACCCGUACUAACAGCCAAAAUAUUUUUGAUAAUCGCUGAACUUGUGUUUACAUUUGCGAAUAAAACAAAAACAUUAUUGCUA